AUUCAUGAGAGAGACUCCAGUGUGGCGUGACCCAGGAGACUGAAGCUUCUCUUAUAAAUACACAUCCUGAAUUGACCAGAUAUCCUGACCAGAGAGACAGAGGUGACGGCUGCCCCUGUGACCAUGACGCCAUUGUUUGCCCUCCUCUUGCCUCUCCUCCUCCUGCCCCUCGUCAGUGCCCAGGUUCCCCACUGGGGGCCUUGUCCAGAACCAGCCGUCCAGCCCGCCUUCAGCAUGAAAAAGUUCAUGGGUAGAUGGUUUGAAAUCGCCAAACUGCCUGCCCAGUUUGAGAAAGGGAAGUGCAUUGAGACCAACUUCUCCAUGAAGGCUGAUCAGACCAUUAGAGUGGUCAGCUCUGAAAUAUUAAAGGGAGAGCUAAGGACUAUCGAGGGGACAGGAGUCACAGAGGACUUGAAGAACCCAGCCAAGUUAGGCAUCAGCUACUCUUACGUCCUGCCCUACUCUCCUUACUGGAUCCUCUCAACUGACUAUGAGAACUCAGCGCUGAUCUAUUCCUGCACCGAUGUCCUGCGUCUGUUCCACAUGGACUUUGCCUGGAUCCUGGGGCGCACACGCACCCUCCCUGCCGCCACCGUCAACAAAGCGAGGGAGAUCUUCACGAGCAGCAACAUUGAUGUUAGUCGGAUGGUUGCCAGCAGGCAGCAGGGCUGUGAUUAGACCCUCUGAAAGAUUCAAUACAAUCAAUUCAAUAGGAUAGAGUAGAGUAAUGUAGAGUAGAACUUAAUAGAAUUUUCCUACAGGGACAUUUGGUUUGCAACAACAUAGUAUGCAAAGUAUGAUGUUGAUGGAAACAAGUUAUAUAUUUUCCCUCAUCUGUGUAAUAAUAUGUUCGCUCGGGCAAACUUCAGUGACAUUUCAUUAAUUAUUCAGAGGAAUCGUUAGAGGAAAACAAUGUACAGUAAUAGUUUGUCUGGGUUUUAUGCUUUUCUGUCGAAAAAAAAUAGUUAUAUAUAUAUAUUCCAGUCACAAUUACGUUAUUUUAAAUCCUAUGACUGGAAAUUAAUUGUUGUGACCUAAUUUAAAAUGUUUGUCGCAAACUGAAAACAUGAGUAUUCUCAUUAGAGGCAAUAAAGUACAAGGAAAUCAAUAUCAUGUGAGCUUGAUUGGACAGAUGUUUACUGCCACCUUGUGGCUACUGUAAAAAAUAAGAAUGCAUGAUAAAUGUAUGAGUCUUAAUAUGUUAAAACUCCUAACGUUGUUUUAAUCCAUCAUAUGGUCUCAUUUAACAUAGUCUUAAACUAAACACAAUGUUGGUGUAAAUGUGCCUUAGGAGACACUUGUAUAUCCUGCACGUUUAUUCUGUAACAUGCGCGUUCCUUGUCUCCCCAUCGGAUAUAUUUGUAUAUGACACUGCAUCAAAACCUGCGACGGCAGCUAGCUAGCGGCUAGUUUGCUACACAUUCAAGCGUUCAAUUAUUUAAUUCACGUAUGACAAUUAAAGACCGAUAAAACUCAACCGUGAUGAAGCCAGCAGUCGAUGAGAUGUUCCGCGAAGGAGCUGGGCCAUACGUGGAUCUUGACGAGGCCGGGGGCAGUUCAGGACUGCUCAUGGACCUGGCCACCAAUGAGAAGGCAGUUCAGGACUGCUCAUGGACCUGGCCACCAAUGAGAAGGCAGUUCAGGACUGCUCAUGGACCUGGCCACCAAUGAGAAGGCAGUUCAGGACUGCUCAUGGACCUGGCCACCAAUGAGAAGGCAGUUCAGGACUGCUCAUGGACCUGGCCACCAAUGAGAAGGCAGUUCAGGACUGCUCAUGGACCUGGCCACCAAUGAGAAGGCAGUUCAGGACUGCUCAUGGACCUGGCCACCAAUGAGAAGGCAGUUCAUGCAGACUUUUUCAAUGAUUUUGAAGACCAUUUUGAUGAUGAUGAUGUCCAGUGAGGAAGAUUAUGGGUUUUAUUUUUUUAUUUUUUUACAAGGUGAUUGAAUGAUAGAGUGGAUGAUUUUCUGGGACUACAUGGAAAACUGGCUAUUUAAACUCUAAUGACAUACAAUUUACAUUCAGCCAAAUAGCCAGUUCUAGGUUUUAACAAAAUCGCCACUGCUGCCACCAGAUGUUGCACGAUUCUCCCAAAAUAUGUGGAAUGUUCCAAUUUAUGAGUUGACAACAUAGCUUCAACAGACUUCCAAGCUGGAUUGUAGGUUUGUGUCUCUCUCUGUCUCUGUCUCUGUCUCUGUCUCUGUCUCUGUCUCUCUCUCUCUCCCCUCUUCUCUCUUCUCUCUCCCCUCUUCUCUCUCUCUCUCUCUCUCCUCUCCCCUCUUCUCUCUUCUCUCUCCCCUCUUCUCUCUCUCUCUCUCUCCUCUCCCCUCUUCUCUCUCUCUUUCUCUCUCUCUCUCUCUCCCUCCCCUCUUCUCUCUGAGAACACCUGCUCCUCAGGCAUGUGGAGCAUAAUUAUAUACGGGACGAUCCCAGAGCCUCCGAUGCAGUCAGAUUGCAGAUGGCAGAUGAUGAAUGGGGCGCCGCAAAGAAUCGCUUAAAUUAUUUGUAAUGACGAAUAAAAGCCUGACAAUAAUGGUA